UGGCGAUACCGGCGAUCUUUUCGGUGACGCAUGCGAACUGCCAUCUCGAAAAAAAAGUAUCGCCGGGGCGUUUGAUCAAGAGUUUUUGUGAAAAAUUGCAGAGAAUUCGUGUGAAAAAUGGAAAAAAAGAAAGAGCAGCUGCUUCUAAUUGAGCCCCAGAACGAACUAAAGUUCCGCGGUCCUUUCAACACACACGUGACUUCGAGGAUGCGCCUAACAAAUCCCACGGACAAAGUCAUCCUGUUCAAAAUAAAGACAACGGCCCCCAAGAAGUACUGCGUUCGUCCCAAUUGUGGCACUCUCAAUCCUCAGGAAUCCACCGAGGUUAACAUCGUGCUUCAGCCAUUUAUUUUUGAUCCGAUGGAGAAGAAUCGACACAAAUUCAUGGUGCAGAGUGUAAUUGCUCCGCGAGGAGUCGAACAGUAUGCGUCCAUAGAGCAAGUGUGGAAAGAGAUUAGUCCCACUGACUUGAUGGAUUCAAAGCUGAGGUGUGUGUUCGAGGUGACGGCGGACAAUGCACCUCAAGCUGCCAGCACGGUGACAUCGUCCGGAGAUGAGGCUCAGACUGCUUUUACGGCAUCAUCAGAAGCCUCACCUCCCUUCAAGGGACACGGAGCAAGUGGAGAUGACAGUGCUACGGUUACAACUAGUGACACGGCAAAGGUGGCUUCAGAACUGCGACAAUUGAGAGAAGAAGAGAGUCAAUUACGCCAGGAGAAUAUAAUGUUGAAGGAGCAAGUUCUCCGAUUAAAAAUGGCCCUAGAGGAUGCAGAUGAUAAUUCAGCGAAAGCAGGUGGCAGCAGCAAUGUGUGGAGCCCAGGAAAUACACUGACGUAUCAGCCACAAAAUGCUUACGCACCACCCAACCUUCCUGUCCCUAUGCUCUUGGUUAUAUCUAUCCUAAUUGGAAUCCUCUGCAUUCUAUUCGGUAAAUAUGUACUAUGAAGUAGCAAUGGACACAACACACCAACAUAGAUGACAGAAAGAGAAAUCCCUUUAUAAUAUUCAUGAUUACAUAGGAAGAAAAAAAAACAAGAUGGCAACAAAUGGUUUAUUAAUUUAUAAAGAAGGAAGUAAAAGGAAAAAUAAGGGAAUAUUCCUGGGUGAGGAUAAAUAUUGAGACAGAAAAAAAUAAGAGGUGAUUUAAAGAAGAGGAAUAGAAAUACCAUUUGUUCGUUUUUGAGGUUUAAAGAAAAUGGGUUGAUUUUUAUUGAAAAGGGAGAAAAAAUUAAGGAAAAAAAAGAUGAAAUUUAUAAACGAAUAUUGAAAACUUUCUUUGAGCAUUACACGGUUUUUUUGGGAGAUAUAUUUUUAUGGAUAUAAAUAAUGAAUUGGAUGAAGAGGUAAAAAAGAACUCAUAGUUAUAUUUGUAAAACAAAUAAUCUGUUGAAAACAAUGAAUGCACAGCACACUGUAUUAUUCCACAGGAUAAUUUUAACUGAUUUUUUUUUAUUAUCUACUUUGUUUCUAUUAUAUAUAUAUUUUUAAAAAUUUUCUUGUUUAAGUUUCAUUUGUGUGCUCUGCAAAAAGUUUUCUUUGAUUUUUUUUCCUUUAAACUUUUCAAAACUUUGCCAAUAGAAAUCAGUUAAAAUUUUCCUAUUGACUAACAAAAAAAAAAUUACGUAAAUGAAAACUUGUGUAUAUUGCUGAAAGAAAAUAUUUCACCUUGUUUUUUUUUUAUAUAAAAUAUCUCUUUCCCGUGAAAAAAGUGAAAAUGGACAAUUUCCCCAAAUUUCUCUAUGUUUGUAAAACUUUUUUUCUUUCCAAUAAGAUAUAGAAAAAAAAAACAUUAAGUAAAAACGGUGGCGUUUAGAGGCCUAAAAAUUGCAUUAAAAAAUUCGUUCAUGUUAAUACACAAAAGUUACUACUAA